UGUUUGCAGAUCACUCAGGUGUGCUCUGAAGACCAAAUCUCUACAUCAGCAAUUAGAAGGAAGCCCUGAGCCCUCCACCUCUUAGAAAGCACAAUGGAAUCAGAUAUCAUGGGAAACACACACACACACACACACACACACACACACACACACACUUCAUGGAUCCUCUCUGCACGUCUCUCUAGGAAGGGAAAAUGUGGGUGAGAGAAUGAGGCCAGAUGCACUCCAGGAGGCUGUGAGUUUAGCAGACCUACAAGAACACUGAUGUAGGAGGCUUGUUCUUUUAAGUCCCGGAAGCCCUUUUAUUUUUUUCGUUGGGACGUGUGUGAAUACCUGUAAUGCUGCUUUGCUUUCCAAACUGGCCAGUGAGUUAAACAGCAACAGGAGAGCAACAACAACAACAACAACAACAAUACUUCAGUCUCAGCAAGAGCUCUCACCCUGGCCACCAUGGAGUUUCCGGAAAGAGCUUAUCUUGUGAAUGACAAAGCCACCAAGAUGUAUGCCUUCACACUAGACAGUGUGGAUCGCCAGCAGAAAACUGUGAAUAAAGAUCACUGUUCUGGAGAGAGGCCAGAGGAGCUGGGGUCGGGAGCCAUCUAUCACUGUCAUGGCAAUGCCAAGGCCACAGAGAACAGGGCAAACGAGCAAGUCUACGCCAAGUGGAAACUCUGGGCUGCUUCGGGAAUAUGCUUUGUCUUCAUGAUUGCAGAGGUUGUUGGUGGCCACGUUGCUGGGAGUCUUGCUGUCAUCACAGAUGCUGCCCACCUCUUGAUUGACCUGACUAGUUUCCUGCUCAGCCUCUUCUCCCUGUGGCUGUCCUCCAAGCCUCCCUCCAAGCGGCUGACCUUCGGAUGGCACCGAGCAGAGAUCCUCGGGGCCCUGCUGUCCAUGCUAUGUGUCUGGGCAGUGACUGGUGUGCUGGUGUACCUGGCCUGUGAGCGCCUGCUGUACCCUGAUUACCAGAUCCAGGCCACUGUGAUGAUCAUCGUUUCGGGCUGUGCUGUGGCAGCCAACAUUGUACUAAGUGUGAUUUUGCACCAGAGGCCUCCAGGCCACAGUCACAAGGAAGUGCAAGCUAAUGCCAGUGUCAGAGCUGCUUUUGUGCAUGCCCUUGGGGACCUGUUUCAGAGCAUCAGUGUGUUAACCAGUGCACUUAUCAUCUACUUCAAGCCAGACUAUAAAAUGGCCGAUUCAAUUUGCACAUUUGUGUUUUCUGUCCUGGUGUUGGCGAGUACUGUCACAGUCUUAAAGGACUUCUCCAUCUUACUCAUGGAAGGUGUGCCAAAGAACCUCAACUACAAUGCUGUGAAAGAGCUCAUCUUAGCGGUAGAUGGCGUGGUGUCUGUGCACAGCUUGCACAUCUGGUCUUUAACAACCAACCAGGUGAUUCUCUCGGCUCAUGUUGUUGCAGCAUCCAGUCGGGACAGCCAGGGCAUUCAGAGAGAGAUUGCUAAAGCCCUCAGCAAUAGCUUUCCUGUGCAUUCACUCACCAUUCAGAUGGAAUCUCCUGCCGACCAGGACCCCGGCUGCCUUUUCUGUGAAGAACCUCAGGACUAGUUCAGUCAGACUAUCAGCUUCCUGAGUUGAUAGGUCACUACAUGAUGCUCUGUAGUUCCUGGAACAUAAACAAUAAGGAACCAAAGGAAGACGUUUGAGAAACUGAUGAUACAGUACAAUGCACAUUUUAUACUUCUUUAUUUAGCUCCAUCCAACCAUGAAUUAGAUGCAUGUAGAUUCACUAAUCAAUACUGAUUAUCAUCAGUAGCUCUGUUCCAUUUCAGGAAUAUAUGUGUGGGCCACUUCUAACUGGGGCUGAAAUAACAACUGUUUGUAACUAUAGGCCUUAAAUAGUACAUCGCCCUUCAACAGCACAGCCCAAGGAUGAGUGGGUCGAGAUGAACUAAGGCCGAGGUCAGCAAACUGCGGCUCUCGAGCCACAUACAGCUCUUUGGCUCCUUGAGUGUGGCUCUUCCACAAAAUACCACGGCCUGGGAGAGUCUAUUUUGAAGAAGUGGCAUUAGAAGAAGUUUAAGUUAAAAAAUUUGACUCUUAAAAGAAAUUUCAAUUGUUGUACUGUUGAUAUUUGGCUCUGUUGUCUAAUAAAUUUGCCGACUACUGAACUAAGGGAAGUCUGAGCAGGAAUCUGUGGCAAGGAAAGUCACAACAAUUUCCAAAAACUGGAGAAAUAAAAAUAAGAAGAGCCAAGUCAAAGAUAAAGCUAAUCUGAAGGCCAAAUACCUCAAAAGAAUUUGACUUUCCCACCAAGUUGUAAUUUGAUUUGAGGCAAUUCUUUUGAAAUCCCCAUCUACCAACAUCACUGUUAAUUAAAUGGGGUAGAAAUGUCCUUGUUCCAUCUUGCUUAUAAGUUCUGUUGUAUUAUGUCUGAAACUAUUGAAUGAUAUUGUACUUCUCUGUAUAAAAAUCAUGGGCAAAUGCAAAAUUAUAAAAUUUACUGCUUUUUAAGAGUUUUCAUAUGGUUGGAUCUAUUAAUAAAAGAA